UAACGUAUCCUAUGCUACAGACACCACCGAAGAAGAGUUUGUGAGUCAUGGGUUGUCAAUUAGCUUGAAGCUACACGAACGUAAACACAGCGUAUAAAUCGGUUAAAUGUACUGAGGUCACACUGUCCAAGUAGAAUAUUUACCCAGAGCAUUGUAGACUGGUGAAGCAGCCGCUUGAACAAGAUGAGUCCGACACAGUGGGAGCUGCCACCAGAGUUGUGCUGCAGGCCCAUGGCUUUUGUGGCUCUGACUGGCCUCGACGUGAUCUACAAUGCUGUCCAUCGCGCCAUCUGGGACGCUUUCUGCGCCAACCGACGGGCUGACAGAGUGCCUAUUUCUUUUAAAGUGCUGCCAGGAGACCACGAGUACCCAAAGUGCAGAACCAAGAGAACGUCAUAUGAGUGGUACAUCCCAAAAGGUAUCCUGAAGACAGGUUGGAUGAAUAAGCACUUGAACCUCGUGCCUGCACUGGUGGUGCUCUUCUACGAGCUGGACUGGGACGACGCUCAGUGGAAGGAGAAGCAGUCCGAGUGCGCCACUAAAGUAGAGAUCGUCAGGACAAGUCUGCAAGGUAGAAACACUAAAGUUGCCGUUGUUUUAAUUCAAAAGAAGACUCCUCUUCCUCCUGGCGAGGAUGUGGUGGCAUCGGAGAGAGCCGCUGCUCUGUGUAACGCCUGCGAUCUCUCAGCCAAGUCCCUGUUUGUCCUCCCUCACACCGAUCACCUGGUCGGCUACAUCAUCAGGUUGGAGAAUGCGUUUUACGAGCACGCUCAAACCUACUACUAUAACGAGAUACGGAGAGUAAAGUCUCACAAAGAGUUCCUCAAUAAAACCACUCAUCAGCUGCUGUUUGUGAGGCACCAGUUUAAAACUGGCUUCUUCAGUGAGCUUAAACAGGACACACAGAACGCUCUUAAAUACUAUAAAACAGCAUACAGUCUCAUCCACGAGCUUCGUGCCUAUGAGACCAACAUGCUGGAGAUCAAGACUUUGGCUGGGUUCAUCAAUUAUAAGAUCUGCAGGCUGUGUUUUCAGCACAACACCCCUCUGGAUGCCAUCGCUCAGUUCAGAAAACACAUCGACUUGUGCAAGAAGAAGAUCGGGAGCGCCGAGCUGGCCUUCGAACACACCGCCUGGAUGUCUAAGCAGUUCCAGUCAUUCGGUGAUCUGUUUGAUGAGGCGAUUAAACUCGGCCUCACUGCCAUACAGACACAGAACCCUGGCUUUUAUUACCAGCAGGCUGCAUGUUACGCCCAGGAGCGCAAGCAGCAAGCCACCCUGCUCUGUAGCCAUGAGCCCAGCGCGAGUUUUCCAACACCGGACCCUUUGGAGACAAACGCCGGAGCUCUGGAUUUUUAUGGACAGAGAUCGUGGAGACAAGGCCAUCAGAGUAUCGAUCCACCUGAUGCAGAGAAGGAAAAACACGGCAUUCUCGCUCUCCAGCUGAAGGAGAGAGACGUCCUGCAUUCGGAGUUGAUCAUCGCAUUGCUCAGUAAUGCCGUCGCACAGUUUAAGAAGUACAAGUGUCCUCGCAUGAAGAGCCAUCUGAUGGUCCAGAUGGGUGAGGAGUAUUACAAUGCCAAGGAUUACACUAAAGCUUUAAAACUGCUGGACUAUGUGAUGUGUGACUAUCGUACUGAACGCUGGUGGACUCUGCUUACCUCCAUACUGUGCACAGCGCUGAAGUGCUCGUACCUGAUGGGCCACAUUAAAGACUACAUCACUUACUCGAUGGAGCUGGUGGGACGAGCUUCCACUCUACGUGAAGAUCAAAAGUCCAGGAUUGAGAAGAACUUGAUCAGAGUUCUUAUGAACGAGGUUCCUGACCCAGAGCCGGAGUGUGACUCAGGCUCUGUAAAAGCAGCUCAGGUGCUGUGGAGUGAUCGCGCCUCACUGGCCAGCAAUAACGAGUUCACUGUCGAGGUGCAGGACUAUGUGCCCUUCAUCCAGUGUAAGGCCAAGUUCCUGUCUCCCAGCUUUCACGUAGACGAGCCUGUCCAACUGCAUGUGUACUUGAGAGCUGACUGCCCACAUCCUAUCCGCUUUGCCAAGCUGUGUGUCAGCCUCAGCAACCAGGAUUAUAACCAGUUCUGCCUGGUGGAAGAGGAAUGCAGAGGAAAGGACAUCUUGGAAACAUCCUCACAGCAGAACAUGUGUCUCGUUCCCGGUAAGGCCCGGAAGUACUGCUUCAAAUUCGUAGCCAAGACCGAGGACGUUGGAAGAAAGAUCGAGAUCACGCACGUGGACCUGAUGCUGGGCACCGAGAGUGGCCGCUGUGUGUAUCUGAACUGGAGAGGAGGAGGCGGUGAUGCCGCAUCUAGCCACGAGGCUUUGCAGGCGUCCCGCUCUUUUAAGAGGCGAAUCCGUGUCCCAGAGCAGCAGGUCGACUGGGAUGCCGUUUCCAUCCAAGCGAACACCAUGAUCAUAUCCCGAGUGCCCCGAAUCUCUGUACAGCUGCAUCACGAUCCCCCAGCGCUGACCAAUGAGAUGUACUGCAUGACCGUCACUAUCCAAUCAGAAGAAGACACAGUAGCCAAAGAUGUCAGUCUCACUGCUGGCCUCAAGCCAGGUCAGGAUGCAAAUCUUACACAAAUGACCUACGUUACACUGAAUAGCUCUGAAGCAUGUGAUGAAGCACACCCCGCCUUGCUCACUGAUAUUUCUAUUGGAGAGCUGCAGCCAGGGCAGAAGGUUGAGAAGAAGCUGUACAUUCGCUGUGUGGGCACUGGAUCUCGAAUCUUCCUGUUUCAUGUGUCUUAUGCAAUGAGCACCACAGUAGAGGGUAAAGACAUCACAUGCAGAUGUCACAAGGAUGAAACCGUGACCAUAGACACAGUCGUUCCAUUUGACGUGGCUUUCAAGUUUGUGUCCACUAAGUUUGAGCACCUGGAGCGAGUGUAUGUAGACGUGCCCUUCCUGCUGAUGACAGACAUUUUGAGCGCAUCACCAUGGCCCGUGCAUUUAGUUAGCAGCGAGCUACAGCUGGCUUGCAACAUGGCCGCCAUCGACGAGCCCCAGAGCCAGGUGGAAGGAGUGGUGCUGCAGACAGGCGAGUGUGCAAGUGAGUGCUUCAGUCUCAGGUGUCCUCCUGUUCAGAACGGCACCAGCACCGUGGCAGCAGGACACUACCUCAUCUCCUGGAAGAGGAAAUCCGCAUGCGCUGAGACACCAGUUGUCAAAACAACUAUGAUCCUGCCUCAUGUGAUCUUAGAGACCAUUCCUCUGUAUGUACAUGCUGACACGCCCUCGUUCGGUCGUGUGCGUGAGUCUCUUCCUGUUCGGUACCACAUUGAGAAUCGGACCGGGCUGGUGCAGGAUGUGGAUCUGUCCGUGGAGCCCAGCGACGCCUUCAUGUUCUCAGGACUCAAACAGAUACGGAUGAGAAUUUUGCCAGGUACAAAGCAGGAGAUGCUGUACAAUUUCUACCCUCUGAUGGCCGGCUAUCAGAACCUGCCUGUGCUGAACAUCAACCUGUUGCGCUUCCCUCACAUCUCCAACCAGCUGCUACGCCGUUUCCUCCCCACCCGCAUUUUCAUCAAGCCUCAGGGAAGAAAUGGUGAUGUUUCUAUUGCAGCUGCCUGAGAAAUGUGCUGCUGGCAAAAUCUCUAACCUCAGACCAGUUUAACUUGACUGUCUUAUAAUGCUGCAAUUUCGGUGGAAUGAACUGGUCCAACAUCAUGGAAACCAGAACUUCAGGAUUAGAGCAGAUGUAAUUAUUUGAAAGUGAUAAACAGGCCAGCCAUGACAGCAUGAAGACUGACAUUCCCUUUCUCUUCUUGGAAAUCCGAUAUGUGGUCAGUGUAAUGACAUGAUACAUCCAUCCAUCCAUCGGAGUGUACAUCUUGCCUCGUUGCUUUUGCGUUUUAUUUCAGAUUUAUGCUUUAAAAGGUGCUGUAAUUAAUUAAUCAUAGUGAAGCUUGUGACUAAACAUUGACUAAUGUAAAUCUAAAAUGUGGUAAUAAAUUAAACGAUUAUUAAUCCUG